AUGCAUCAUGCAGACGAUGAUGACGUGUGUGUGGUGGACAUCCAAACGGCCUCGUCACUCUUGGACUUGGAUGCACAUGCCAAGUACCAAGUCGAGCGCGUAGAUGCUGAGCUGGCACUCGUGCGUGAGCAGCUCACGGUACUGCAUAAGCGCGAAAAGGCCUUGCUAAGUGAACGAGCCCACAUUCUGGCCGAGCAGCGUGAGGUGAAUGCGCUGGACACAAAGCCCACGAACUAUACACACAGCGAUUUUCUCUGGUCAUCGGAGCUUUUGCGCACGGCGCAACGAGUUUUUGGCAUCGAAGCGUUCCGAUCCUGUCAGGAAGGCGUGUGCAAUGCCGUCAUGGACCGGCGGGACGUGAUGGUGGUCAUGCCCACAGGUGCGGGAAAAUCCUUGUGCUACCAGCUCCCAGCCUUACUGAGUGAGGGACUGGUGAUUGUGAUUUCUCCGCUGAUCGCGCUUAUGACUGACCAGGUAUACCAUCUACGCGAACGCGGCGUGCUGUGUGCCUUGCUGAGUAGUUCCAUGUCUUCUGCCGACACACAGGACAUCUUGCAGCGGAUUCGGACACUCGCGCCAGACAUGCCCCGUCUCUUGUACGUGACGCCAGAGAGGAUCGUCAAAUCCAAGACGCUGCUGUCUGUCCUGCAGCGUGCGUACGAGGCAGGUCGUCUCGAGCGCAUCGUCGUUGAUGAGGCACACUGCUGCAGCAUGAUGGGGCAUGACUACCGUCCAGACUACCACAAGCUAUCUAUAUGCCGCAAGCUGUUCCCUACCACGCCUGUCAUGGGGCUGACUGCCACGCUGGGCUCCGCGGCUCUUCGUGACGUGCUCAACAUUCUGGGCAUGCGAGAAACGACCACGAUACCCGAGCGUGCGUUACCGCGACGCACCGUCUACUUUCGUGCGCCAUUACGACGUGCGAAUCUGCAAUACAGUGUGCGCAUGCGCCCAUCGAGUGCCCAGGCUGCACAGCGCCUGAUUGCAUCGUACAUUCUCGAUCACCAUGAAGGACACUCGGGCAUCGUAUACUGCCUAAGCCGCAAAGACACGCAUACCAUGGCUGACGCCCUUGCGCAGCACAGCAGCGGCCGGAUUCGCACUGGGGUGUACCACUCGGACCUAGAUGAAGCAGAGAAGCAUCGCGUUCAUGCGCAGUGGCGCACAGGCGCCAUCCAGGUCGUGUGUGCCACCAUUGCCUUUGGCAUGGGCAUCGACAAAGGCGAUGUGCGCUUUGUUGUGCAUGCGUGCAUAUCCAAGUCCCUCGAGGGCUAUUACCAGGAAACUGGGCGCGCUGGGCGCGAUGGUGCGCCGUCUGAUUGUGUGCUGCUGUACCGCGCAGCAGCAGAUAUGAGUCGCGUGAGUGGCAUGACGGCCAGUGAAGUGGGCGCCCAGGCUAAGCUCCAUGCCAUGCUUCGAUAUGCUCAGUCCGAGCUGUGCCGGCAAUCCAUUCUUGCCACGUACUUUGACGAGCCACGCACUGAGCCUUGCGGCGUGUGUGAUCGGUGCCAAUCGCCGCCGCCACGACAUGCCGAUGUGUCCGUGUGGGCUGCACACGCCGUGCAAGUGGUCUCAGACGUCUAUGCACGUGGCUCUCGUAUCACGCUGGCGGCCCUGGCCGAUGCCGUGUAUGCUGCUGCGAAAUCCGAUGCCGCCCUAUCGCGUGUGGAUUGUGAAUGCCUUGUCGUACAGCUCGUGCUGGAUGGGUACCUUAGCGAGCGGUUUCAGGCCACGGCGUAUACUGUCAACAUGUACGUCGUACCCGGCCCCCGAGCUUCUCACAAAGGGCCCGUGUCCAUGGUCCUUCACGAGCCUGUCACGUCCCACAAACGUCGGCGUUCCUAG